ACACACACCCACACAAAACAGCAACGUAAGUAUAACUCAAGAUAUUCUUGAACACUCUACACAUGAAAAGAAAAUCUAGUACAUUGUAAAAAUCUCGCCUUUAUUUCUGCAACCAAGAAAUCAAGAAAAUGGCUAUAACCAAUCUUCUAUCCACAGCAAGCCCACAAAUCUUUUCAUACAAACACUCCCUUUACUUAUCUUCAUCUUCUUCAUCACUCUCACUUCUCUCACUAGCUCAAAAACCAAGAAAUGCUUCAACAAGCCCUCCAAGAAAGCUCUCAAUCUCUGCAAAAUCUGAUGACAAUGAGUCAGUGGAUGCACCAGACAGAUUAAUCUCAGCCAUUUGUUACUUUUACCCUUUCUUUGAUGGAGUGCAAUAUGGGAAGUAUGUAAUCACUCAGUUCACUCCAAUUCAAACCCUUUUGCAGCCUUUGAUUCCGGCUAUAAGGGUGUUUAAAAGCUUCCCCUUUAAUGGGUUCUUGGUGUUCUUGACUUUGUAUUUUGUGGUUGUGAGGAAUUCUAAUUUUAGUAGGUAUGUGAGGUUUAAUACUAUGCAGGCUAUUGUGCUUGAUGUGCUGUUGAUAUUUCCUGAUCUUGUGGAGAGGAGUUUUAGUCCAAGAGAUGGGGUGGGCUUGGAUUUGAUGAUGAGUUUGGAUAGUACUGUUUUCUUGUUCCUUUUGGUGUGUUUGAUUUAUGGGUCGUCGUCUUGCUUGUUUGGGCAGGUGCCCAGAUUGCCUAUUGUUGCUGAGGCUGCUGAGAGGCAAGUUCCGUGAUUUUUAAGUGUAAUCAUUUUUCGUGUUUGCUUUCUGUGAAGAUGACAUUGUUGAUUCAUAAUGUUGUUUACUCAGUGAAAAGUAGAUAAUUUGUGAUUCAGAGAAGUAGAAUAUGUUCAACCUUAUACUCUAGUCGAGGAAUUGAAGUUAAUUAUCUAUACUAUUGAUCCUGUUCUAAUGAUGAUUACAACAUUCAACUGUUUCAUGGUUU